AUGGAUGGCGAGUGUGGCGCAGUAGUGGCAUCGUUUCUGUCUUUGCAAGAGCGCCGCGACCUCCGACGAGUUAGCCGACGAUGGCUUUACACGUGCACUUGGUUGCAAUCACGUGGCAGCGAUGAAGGUGCUGUACAGCCUAAAAACUCGGUGUGGAAUCUACGCAGUCGCGCGUUUCGACACGCGUGGACCUCGUUCAUCCGCACUGAAAGCCAUGCGUUCCUGCCACACCUGCUUGAGCUGCUGCCUUCGAUCGCUAUAACGGAUACCAUGGAGCUCAAACGAGGGCUCUGUUUGUCCACGAACACAGGCCGGCGACCGUCGUUUACGAACGCUCAUGCUCGGAGCGGCUACAUUCAACAGAAGAUCAAUCGCUGCGGGAAUGUACCGAACUUGCUGCUGAGUGAAGAGCUGUGUGACCUGCGGUCGAGAUUGUUCCGAAGCAAUCAGUCCGAGUGUUGGAACGUGGCUUUAUACGGUGGAGGCCCGGCCUAUGACGUGCUCGGACUCGUCUUCAUGCGGGACUACUUUCGAGCUUGGGACGUGGAGUUUCACGCCACAAUAUACGACAACGAACCAGGCUGGAAAGGCGCGAUCGAUGCCGUGAAGCAGACAUUGGGCCAACUUGGCCAACGUAACGUCUCGCUGAGCUUCCAGCAAUGCGACAUUACGCUCGACAUGUGUGCUGCAGAGAACGACGACGUGCGCUGCUCCCUUCAGUCCACGAAGCUGCAUCUUUUCUCCUUUGUGUGCGUCGAGAAUUCCUGUCUCCUGCGUGACAGCGCCUACGUGUUCCUCCAGUCGCUCUUCUCACAAUGCAGUGACGGCAGCUACUUCAUCUUUACAGACUCGACCCAUCGGCUGUGGCCGGCCAUUUUCCACGUGGCCAACGCCAGCGCGCCCGACAGGUUUCGUGUCUCAACGCCGUUUGCUCGCAGCUGCCACUACGCUCUCGUGCUGGAGAAACUCCCGCGGUACUCGAAGGCAGCAGCAUCUACCUACCCAUUCUACACACAAGCGAUGCACAAAUUGCAAGAAUUCCAACGCCAUCAACGUCACCAUCUCGACAAACUAAGACACGAUGUCAAUGAUACGCAACACAGGAUAAAGGAGUGUACGCGAGCUAAACUGGUUGAACACGACUCGUAG